CAAUUUCGGGCGAGGGUUGUGUCUUUGUAGCUGAAUAAUUGGCAACAAGGAAAUUCACUCUAUCCUCUCUGCCUGAAGCGCGAGUCGACGAUGAUCUAACGCGCGAGAAGUGACUCGUGGUGUACAAUCUUUUUUCACGCGUUUUGGCAGUAAAAGCCGACGCCAUGAAGAGCCUUGAGGUAAUUGCGGCCAUGCUCGUAGCCUCCACAUUGAUAACAGCUUCACCCCGGCCACUGGUACGGCGGAUUCGUCGCCAGUCGGGUGACUCCGGGGAAGGCGAAGACGAUGCCGAGCUCUGUAAGGAUCGACCACCUGCGGAAUACUUUCGCCUUACAAAGGACGAAGACUGCCGAGAUGUUGUGAGGUGCUCCGUUCAGGGCCUUCUAGCUCUGCGAUGCCCUUCCGGCCUCGCGUUCGACAUCGAGAAGCAGACGUGCGACUGGAAGGCUAACGUGCACAACUGUAACCAGACAGAGAAGCCGCGGGUCGCUUUGCCCCUGCUCGCUACAGAUGAGCCCAUCUGCGAAGCGGGAAAAUUGGCUUGUUCUGCUGACGAAUGUAUCGAACAAGAGAAGUUUUGUGAUGGAGUGAACGACUGCAGUGACGGCCAAGACGAAAACGUCUGCACGCCCGACAAGGAUCCGAACCGAGCUCCACCUUGUGAUCCGACCCAGUGUGUUCUUCCUGAUUGCUUCUGUUCGCAUGACGGCACCCAGAUUCCUGGCAAGCUCGAACCUAGCGUCGUGCCUCAAAUGAUCACACUCACAUUCGAUGAUGCCAUCAACAACAACAAUAUCGACCUUUAUGAUAAGAUCUUUAAAGAGGGCCGUAAUAACCCCAAUGGAUGUACUAUCAAGGCAACGUUUUUCAUUUCGCAUAAAUAUUCGAACUACUCGGCAAUUCAGGAGAUGCACCGAAGAGGUCAUGAGAUGGCCGCCCACUCGAUCACCCAUAAAAACGAUGAAAAUUACUGGUCCCAAGGAAACAAGGACACUUGGACCAAGGAAAUGGCUGGUUCCCGUUACAUUAUGGAGCGUUUUGCUAACAUCACUGAUAAUUCGAUUGUUGGAGUCCGAGCACCCUAUCUCCGAGUGGGUGGCAAUCCCCAGUUCUUCAUGAUGGAGGACCAGGCUUUCCUCUACGACUCCACCAUUACCGCACCCCUCUCAAACCCGCCCCUUUGGCCAUAUACACUAUUCUUUCGUAUGCCUCACAGGUGUCACGGAAACGGACAGAACUGCCCUUCGCGAUCACACGCUGUCUGGGAGAUGGUAAUGAAUGAGUUAGAUCGACGAGACGACCCGACCUUUGAUGAGGAACUUGCCGGUUGUGCGAUGGUCGACGCCUGCUCAAAUAUUAUUUCCGGCGACCAAUUCUACAGCUUCCUCAACCACAACUUCGAAAGGCAUUACAAGACGAACAGAGCCCCGUUGGGCCUUUACUUUCACGCGUCGUGGCUAAAGCUUAAUCCUGAGUAUCUAGACGCCUUCAUCCAAUGGGUUGACGAGAUAUUAGACAAAAAUGAUGUCUACUUUGUGACAAUGAGCCAGGUGCUCGAAUGGAUUCAGCACCCGGCUGAGAUUUCUGCAAUUAAUUCGUUUGGGCCAUGGAAAGAAAAGUGUGAUGUUAAGGGUCAGCCCGCCUGUUCUCUCCCAAACGCGUGUCCAUUGACCACUCGGGAACUUCCUGGCGAGACCGUUCGUUUGCACACGUGCGUCGAAUGCCCCAGAAAUUAUCCCUGGAUAGCGGAUCCCAGUGGCGACUUUUACGCCAACUGAUUGACUAGCUAAUUAACCAGUCACUUUUUACAGCUUUCUAAUGCGCUUGUUGCAGUGCCAUGCAACUAUAGUACA